AUGACGGGUAUCAAGAUAGAUGUUGGAGCUCUGAUUUUCCAAGAAAUAGGGAUCCGGGCAAAGCAGCAGGCCACUUCACUUCCUUUCCCUUGCCUGAUCACAGCUCUCUGUAAAGCUGUGAAAGUUCCUCUCAUGCCACACUAUGACAAAACCGUGAAGGAGACGAGGGACAUUGAUAUCACUCGUAUUACUGAUGUUGUUGUCCCACCACAGGUCACAGUGGCAUCCACUUCUACUUCUGAGCCUGCCUCUCAGUCCACCACUGUUCAGACUUCUGUUGCCAUCCCAGCCGUCUCGAAGCUUGAUCUCCUGGCUCAGCAUGCCAAUGCCAAGGUAGACCAGCUCUUGAAGACCUUGCCCAAUCUCAUCAAACAAGCCCUGACUCCUAUGCAAUCCUCAGUGACAGCUCUCCAAAAACAACAAUUAGUGUAUUGGGAUCGUUUGCAGCAACAUGAGUUGAGGGUGGAGAAGAUAGAGCGGGGUGAAGUUAGUGGGUUGCCUGGCCUCAAAGAGGAGGUUGCUUCUAUGAAGACCGAGCUCCACAAGAUGCAGAACUUGGAAUUCGAUCUAUCAUCCCUCCUCCCCACAGAUGGUGAUCAGGUUACAGGCACAGCAGCUCCGGACUUGGGCCUUGACUUCUCUACACUUAUGACUGAUAUUGCCCCUCCUACAGCCGGGACUUCCCAGGCUCCAGCUCCUCCUGUACGCAUUGACAUUCCUGAUGAGGAGGUUUCCAGACGAUCUACUGAGUUUGAGGAUGAGGAGGCAGAUGAGGGUGAGGAGGAGGAAAGUUCAUGGUCCUCGGAGGAUGAUGGCCCUCAGGAGAAGGGAAAGCAAGUUGUGGUUCCUACAAGUGAGGAGGUGGAGCAAGCAAAACUUCAGACAGCAAUUGAACAUUCGCUAGCAGAUUUGGCCGCCCCUGCAGAUUCAUCGGCCACUCAGCCAUCAGUGUGCGAGGCUAGCAGCUCACAGGUCCCAGCUCCAGCUCCAGUUCUUGCCCAGCCAGAGAUCCCUACUGCAGUCGAGGUCCCUCCUCAGACCGAGCUCUCAUCGGUCCCAGCUUCAGCAUCGGAGAGUGACCCCGCCAUCACUGAGCAGGCUACUGACUCCCAUAACUCUUGGUGCACCUCAGGGAGCCCCUUACACUCUCUGUUUUUGCUUUUUAUGCAUUGGGGACAAUGCAUGCUGUUCAGUUGGGGGUGGUGGUAG